UUUGACAAGUGGCGCCCUGCGAUUCGUGAAUGCUACUUGCUUCACGCUCAUCAUUCAUCUCGGGUUAGUCCCGCUUUAUUUUUCUGACUGUGCUGCCAUUCUUCGAACUAAUUGGCCAUCCUGGUUUUAUGCAUCAUGCCAGGCUAACGGCGAGCUUAACGACAUGAUCGAACACUACGAGGGGCUGGUCAUUGACCGGGAAAAGGAGAUUGUUACGUGGAAGAAAAAACUUUCUGCUCUUGAGACCGACCUUCACUCCUCUUCCAGCUCUAGGCAAGAACUGGAAGACCGAGUUGACAAUCUCACAUCCGAACUCGCAAAAGUGAAAGGCGAGUUGCAAGACCAAUAUGACCGGAAUAAUCAACUUCAGGAUGAAUUUACCGACGUUCAAGGUAGGCUCUGUGAAUCCGAAUCAACUGCUUACACCUUGCAUAAACAACUUGCCGAACUUGAUGCGAAGUACAAGGCGAUAACCAAGCUGCGAGACUCCGAGUUGGCAAGGUCGGCUUCGAAGGCCAUAAAAGAGGUCAAGGGAUGCGGAAUGGAGUUGAUUCAAGGGGCUAUCCGCUUCAUUCAAACCGAGAAGGCUAGGUCAGAUCUGGAAUCAGACAUCAAGGAGCACGAGAGCAACCUGAUUCUGUUGGAUCAAAUCCAUGAUGAAGAUUUCUCCGAAGUGAAAGAAAGGGCCGAACUAUCGGCUAAUCUAUCUGAAAAGCGGAGUCGCUUGGCAGCUAUUCCUACUUCGACCUUCAACCCCCAUCAUUUCGAGGAAUUCUUCACAGAAUCACCUCCUUUAAGUGAAUCGGGUCUAGAUUGGGCAGGCUCAAGUGGGACGGAUGAUGUCGUCCCACCCGAAGUUCCUGCGGCACCGGAGGUCACCCCGGAGGAUGGUCGCCGACAAACACCGUCGCCUGUGUGA